AUGAUCCCUUUCUUCCUCAGCCUUUGGCUAUUGCACCUGGCCUCACUGCUCUCCGCCUCCCCAACCCUCCAGCAAGAUGACACGCAAGAGGUGGAACAGCUUCUCGCCCGACGUCAGACCUCGUAUCUGCCCAUCACCGGAAUCCAAGAGUUUGGAGUCCAACCUCGCCUCGAGAUCCGGCAGUUGCAACAGAAUGCCGACCAAUGGAAUCUCUUCCUACUAGGCCUCAGUCGCUUCCAAAACACCAAUCAGUCUCAAAUGAACUCCUACUACCAGAUCGCCGGCAUUCAUGGCCGUCCGUACAUCCCUUGGAACGGCGUAGGUCCUGCCCCGCACCAGGAUUCGCCCGGUUUCUGCCAGCACGUCUCCAACGUCUUCGUCUGCUGGCACCGCCCUUACCUGGCUCUCUUCGAGCAGACGUUGUUUCGUCACAUCGUGCAGGUCGUAGAUACCUUCCCCGCAGGCCGCCAACGACAACGCUACGCCGAAGCAGCUCUAUCAUGGCGAUUGCCGUAUUGGGAUUGGGCAAUGACGGUAGCUGACGAGGAAUACGCCUUUCCGUCGAGCCUACAAGCAGAGAACGUCACCGUAACCAUGCCCAAUGGCACCAACGUCAUCCCCAACCCCCUCUAUGCCUACCGCUUCCACCCGGUCAGCGUGUCAGAUUUCUAUUACAGUCCGUUCGCCCUCUGGAAUCAGACAAAACGCUACCCGACUUCCUGGGCCAUCAACGCAACGAGCCAAGACGCCCUCCUCAGUCCCAUCCUGGCCAACAAUCAAGUCUCUUUCCAGAAUCGCUUGUACAAUCUUUUCACCUUCUACGACAACUUCACCGAGUUUGGCAACGAGGCAUGGAUGCAGCCUGGUAUAUCGAACGCCGACAGCCUCGAGUCUCUGCACGACGUCAUUCAUUCCAUCGUCGGCUCAAAUGGGCACAUGACAUACUUGGACUACUCUGCCUUCGACCCCUCAUUCUGGCUUCACCAUGCCAUGGUUGACCGCUGCUUCGCUUUGUGGCAAGCCAUCUAUCCCGACAGCUAUGUCGAGCCGAUGGCUGCCGUCGAGCAGACGUACAACGUUGCUGUGGGUACCGUUCAAACCGAGAACACCCCGCUGGAACCGUUCACCUCCACAUCAAACGGCACUUUCUGGUCUGCGGCCUCUGCGCGAUCCACUAACACCUUUGGCUACACCUACCCAGAGCUUGAAGGCCAGCUCAACGUCUCUGCCGUGAAAGCCGCCAUCAACAAACUCUACGGAAGCAACGUCGGCAGCGCUGGUCUUUCCCGCCGUGGCACAGAUAAGCGAACGUCCAUUCCUGCCGUUGCUCAGCAUACCUCGGGCGAGGCUGUCAACGAUGAACACCGCCAGUACAUCGCCAACAUUCUGUCGCAAAAGUUCGCUCUCAACGGCUCCUAUGCCAUCUACCUGUUCAUGGGCGACUUCGACCCCAAUCCCGCCACGUGGCCCACAAGCUCCAACCUCGUCGGCACUCAUGCCGUCUUCGCUGCACUGGCCCUCGUUGAUGCUUCCAGCAAUCCGCAAUCCAAGACACUGGGAAAGAAGUCCAUCCCAGUCACCGGAAGCGUCCCGCUCACGGCGAUGUUGCUGUUGAAGGAGCGAGCUGGAGCUUUGGCCAAUAUGGCGCCAGUGACUGUCGAGCGUUAUUUGCAACAGAACUUGCAAUGGAGGGUGGCGAUGUUUGACGGGACAGAAGUGCCGGUGGAAAACGUCGCUGAUUUGACUGUUACCGUCGUCUCCGCCGAGGUACAACCCGCAGCUUCCAGUGACGAGUUUCCACGCUGGUCGAACUUCACCGCACUGCCUCAUAUCACCCGCGGACAGAAGGGCGGUUGUCUCUAG